AUGUCGUAUCCACCUUACCAAGGCUACGGUCAGCCUCCCCAGCAAGGCUACGGCCAGCAGGGUCAAUACUAUCAACCUCCUCCCCCGCAAGGGCAAGGGGGGUAUGCGCCGCCCCCUCCCCAAGGCCAAGGCUAUUAUGGUCAGCCACCUCCGAACCAGUACCCUCCUCCGGGAGCUCCCCCGAACCAGCAGUACGGCGGCUAUGCGCCGCCUCCGACCCAAGGAUACCAACAAUACCCGGGGCAGCAAGCCCCUCCCCAGGGUCAGGGAUAUUACCAGCAACCUCCUCCUCCCCAGGGUCAGUACGGUCAACCUCCUGCGCCGUACGGCGCCCCCCCUUCACCACAACCACCCUAUGGCGCUCCCCCGCCAGGCCAAUACGGAGCUCCUCCUAACCAAUAUGGAGCCCCCCCGAAUCAAUAUGGCCAGCCACCUCAGCAGUACGGCGCUCAAUACCCUCCCACCCCCGCCAGUCCAGGUUAUGGUCCGCCUCAGAUUAUCAACUGGGACGCGACGGCUGAUGCCCAGGCUUGCCGUACCGCCAUGAAAGGGUUCGGAACGGAUGAGAAGCUCUUGAUCCGGACAUUGACAUCGAAAGAUCCUCUGCAGAUCGAGGCCCUCAAGGCGUCCUUCCAGCGCCAGUUUAAUCGAAACCUAAUUAACGACAUCGAGAAGGAAACUAGCGGAUACCUUGAAUAUGGUCUCAUGGGCGUAGCUCGAGGUCCGCUCCUCAACGACGUAUAUACCCUCCGAGAUGCCCUGAAGGGUGCAGGAACCAACGAGGCCCUCCUCAAUGAUGUGCUGCUAUCCCGGUCAAAUGCAGACAUCCAGGCUAUCAAGGGCGCCUACUACCAGACCUUCUCGCGCCGUCUCGAGGAUGAUGUAAAGGGCGAUUUGAGCGGGAAGACAGAAAGGCACUUCCUCAUGGUCCUUGCGGCGACGAGGGCUGAGGACUCCGCACCUGUUGUGCCGCAGCAGGUUGAUCAGGAUGUACUCGAGAUCUACAAGGCGUCGGAAGGCCGAAUGGGCACCGACGAAUUGCUCAUCUGCAGCAUAUUCACGUCCAGGAAUGAUAACCAGCUCCGUGCCAUUGCGCACGCUUAUAAGCAGCGGUAUAGCAAAGACUUGGAAAAAGUCAUCAAGAGUGAAUUCUCUGGGCAUAUGGAGGAUGCUCUCCUCUACCAGCUCCGCCACGCAAACGACAAGUACAUGCACGCCGCCACACUCCUCGAAGAUACUAUGGCCGGUGCAGGCACGAGGGAUAAGCUCCUAACUUCGCGUGUCGUCCGCUACCACUGGGACCGUAACGACCUGAACAACAUCCGCGGUGCCUACUCGCAGCGCUUCGGCAGGGACUUGGCGAGGCGUAUCAAGGGCGAGACGAGUGGAGAUUUCGAGAGAUUCCUUUUGUCAUGCAUCGGAGAGCCUAUUUAG